AUGGCCAUCCGACUGGGGCGGUUGGUAGUUUGCGGACUCUUGUUCCGUCUAAUGGUGGGAUUCGGACCCAGGUACGUGUCAAUUCACGCCAUAGGGUUAGACGAGCAAACUGGAGCAGUUUGUUGUGGCUUCUUGAGGCAAAACUCUGCUGUCAUCAAACAGCCAAACUUGUACCACAAUCACUUACUUGUUUGGAGGAGACGCUUUGUUCUCGAUCAUUCAACCGUAAUCGCCGGCCCUACGAGGCCAAACGAGGCUAAGGUGAUCCACCAGCCUCCACAUCGGGUGAAUAAACGACCUCGGAAAACAAACCUUUUGAGCUUUUUGGCUAUCAGACUUUCUGGCGUCCAUCAUGUGGACGAGAGACUGGACUUCCGGACGGAAUUUCGUAGCUUAGCGACCAAUGUUAGUCGCUUCUGCCUCUCUUUCUCGAGGCGGCUGGUGUGGAAGAGACUUUCCAACUGGAAGACGGCUUUCGAAAAUCUCUCGUUCGCCCAUCUGACAUCUGAGCAGCCAGAUCCCCACCACCACCACAAUAAACAAACAAACAAAUAA